UGGCUGGUGGGGGCGCUGUCCACCCCGGCCGUCUGCGCCGCUCCCUGGAGUUCGGCGGACCUCGGCAGCCAGGGCCGGCAAAGGCGCGAGGAACCGGACGCUGCCGCCGCGGGGGCCAUGACCGUGGAGCAGAAUGUGCUGCAGCAGAGCGCGGCGCAGAAGCACCAACAGACAUUUUUGAAUCAACUGAGGGAAAUUACUGGGAUUAACGAUGCCCAGAUACUGCAGCAAGCCUUGAAGGAUAGUAAUGGAAACUUGGAAUUAGCAGUGGCUUUCCUUACUGCAAAGAAUGCCAAGACCCCUCAGCAGGAGGAGACAACUUACUACCAAACAGCACUUCCUGGCAAUGAUAGAUACAUUAGUGUGGGAAGCCAAGCAGAUACAAAUGUGAUUGAUCUCACUGGAGAUGAUAAAGAUGAUCUUCAGAGAGCAAUUGCCUUGAGUUUGGCGGAAUCAAACAGGGCAUUCAGGGAGACUGGAAUAACUGAUGAGGAGCAAGCCAUUAGCAGGUAAAACAUAAUCUGUGUA